AUGAAGAAAAUAAAACUUGAUAUUUUCAAUAAUAUAGAAGAUAUAAAAGAUUCAAAAGAUAUAAAUAAUAUAGAUGAAGAAAUGGAAGAUAUAAAUAAGGUAGUUAGUAUAGAUAAUAAUGAUAUAGAUAAUACAGAUAAUAUAGAAAAUAUAGAAGGUGUAGAAAAUGAGACUACUAAUAUUGUUACAAAUAAUAAUAGACUUAUUAGAAAAUCACCUAUAUGGGAUUACUUUGAUGAAGAAAAUGUUGAAAGCAAAAUUGUUGCAAGAAUAUGUAAUAAAUGCAGACAAAAAUAUAGUCUAACAACAGCCACUAGUGUUCUUAAUACUCAUCUUAAAAAUAAGCAUGAUAUUAUACUUAUUUUAAAAACCAAUCGACUAACUUUACUUCAAAAACUCUAUAGUAGAAAUGAUACUCAAUGGAAAAAACAAUGGUUUAAAGCUAUAUUUGAUCUUAUAAUUGGUGUAUAA